GUUGAGAACCGGGGAACGGUACCUUCAGGACUCUAGUCUGACCUUCACUCCUCCUCCUCCUCUUCAUAGCGCCGCCUCUCGCGGGCGUUUCGAACACCCUUCAAUUCAACUCCCAUUCAAGCGGAGUGAGUGGAUAAACCAUCGCCAAACAAACGCUCAAGUCGUCGAGAAGAUUCUCUCCGAAAGAAAAAAUACAAGAUUGAAACAAUGGCAGCAACCCCAGCAGGCGCCGUCCUCGCAGCCUGGAACGCCUGCGACAAAACCGACACCCUAUUCAUUCUCAUCUGCACAGUAUUCUGCUGGCCCAUCAUUCCCGCCGUCGGAAUAGCCUACUCCGGCUACUCCUGGAAACGCAACGGCCUCACCUCCUUCCUCCCCUCGCUCCUCGUCAUCAGCGUCUGUUCCAUCCAAUGGUUCCUGAUCGGCUACACGCUCGCAUACGGCGAAGGCUCGGGGGCGAUUUUUGGUAAUUUCGCGUAUAUUUUUCAUGUGGAUGUGUUAUCGGAUCGCGUGGGGACGAUUCCUGCGAUACUGUUUAGUGAAUUUCAGUUGGUUUUUGAGGCGACGGUUUGUGCGAUUGCUGUGGGAGGGGUUUGUGAGAGGGGGCGGUUGGCGCCGCUGGUGCCGUUUGUUUUUCUUUGGAGUACAUUUGUCUAUUGUCCAUUGGCACACAUGGUCUGGGGUGGAGGAUUUCUCGGAGAGACUCUUGGUGUGCUUGAUUUUGCUGGAGGCACACCGGUCCAUAUCUGCUCCGGAGCCACCGCAAGUGCCUUGAGCAUCUAUCUCUCCUAUCCCCAAUUCCGAUCGAAACGAUCCAAGACGCGAACCCCCUCUCAUAUUGCUUUGCACCGUCCGGGGAAUUCUUAUUCGCAAAUGAUCGCCAUGAUCAUUAUUUGGGGCUCCUGGCUCGCCUUCGACGCCGGAACAACCCUCAGCCUCAACUUCUCCUCAAUCCUCGCCCUCUGCGUAACGAACCUCUGCGCCUCCUCGGGCGCCCUAACCUGGCUGCUUCUCACCUUCCACGAAACGCGCCGCUGGUCACUCGACUCAGCCUUCAUGGGAGCACUCGCCGGACUCAUCAUGAUAACACCCUCAGCAGGUUUCAUCUCCCUGACAACAUCUCUUUGGUUCGGAAUAAUCGGCGCAGUAAUAAUGCGGCUAGCUCUAAAAAUUAAAUUUACAGAGACGGCGAGACGCUGGAGGUGGGUGGAUAAUGGGGAUACGUUUGCGACGCAUUGUGUGGGAGGGGCGGUGGCGACGGUUAUGACGGGGUUGUUUGCGCAGAAGGAAGUGGCGGCUUAUGGGGGAGUGGAAAUUGUUGGAGGAGUGGUUUUUGAUGGGAAUUGGAGACAGUUGUGGGUGCAAAUUGUUGAGGCUGUGGUUGGGUUUUGUUGGGCGUUUGGGGGUUCGUAUGCGAUUGUUGCGGUGAUUGAUUGUAUUCCGGGGUUGGAGGUGCUGGCUCCUGAUCAGGAAAUUCGAGCGGGACUGGACUUUUAUCAGACAGAGGAGACCAUUUUUGGCGAGACGGAUGAGGAGAGGGAAUAUUCGCCAAUGCCUCCUAGGGAAGAAUAUUCGACAUUGCCUCGUGGGGAAGACUUGGAAACUGGUGUCUGAAGAAAAGUGGCCACUGAAGCCUGUCGGAGCCGAGAAAUUUGAAAAAGAGAAGAGGAAGAAAGAGAGAAAGAGAGAGCUCAUGGCGUAAUACUAAUCACCGCGAUAGGUAGCCACCCUCCACGGGCAGAGUAUGCUGGCCUCCACAUCAGCAAUGAUCUUUUUGAUAUAUUUGGUAUAGUCCGGGAGAAAAGAGAAAGAAA